GGCGCUGAGCAACCUGUCUAUAUUUUUCUAUGAUUUUUCCAUGUGUUUGAAAUUCGUCGAAGAGUGGUCUUCUCUUCUAAUGAACUGAGAAUGACUAAAGCAACGGAUAAAUUGCAGUACUGUGUGGAUUUGGUGGCGAAACUGGACGAUUUUAGACAACAGAAAGUGCUGUGCGAUAUCACUCUCGUCACAGCUGAGAGAACCUUUCUUGCUCACCGAAACGUCCUUGCUGCUGGCUGUCCUUACUUUUAUAAACUUUUCACAAGUGAUAUGAAGGAAAAAGGAACUGAUUAUGUAGAUUUAUCGCAGAUGAAAGUCACAGCAAACGCACUAGAACCGUUGCUAACUUACUUCUAUGCUGGCACCAUUGAAGUCACGCAAUCCAAUGCUGAGGAACUUUUCAUUACAGCUGAUUACUUACUUAUCCCAGAGGUGAAGUUGGGAGCAUCUGCAAGGUUAGUUGCUAACGUCAAUGUGUCCAAUUGUUUAUAUUACUUUGACUUAGCUGAACGUUAUAACUGCACAAAACUCUCUCAAGCGUGCCGUGUGUUUAUUGACAAACAUUUUCAAGAAGUCACGCAAUCUCAGGAUUUCCUUAAACUUGAUAUCGAACAGAUCACACAUAUGAUUUCUAGUGAUGAUAUUUGUGUUGAAAACGAAGAAGCAGUGUACGAGAGCCUCAUAACUUGGAUUAGUUACCAUCAAAGUGAACGAGAAGUUUAUUUUCCUAAAUUACUGACAUGCAUUCGAUUUGGCUCAAUGUCACAUGAGUACCUUCAGUCGCAAGUAGUCACAAAUUCACUUGUUCAAGGUGACUCUUCUUGUGUAAAACUAGUUGAGAAUGCCAUGAAGAGAAAUCAUUCAUCUGGUUGUGUGUCACUUCAAAAUCCAAGAAAAUGUCUUCAGCCAGAAAUUGAUGUUGUUGUUGCCAUUAGUGGUUUAAUAAGAAGCAGCGACACUCAAUCAACUUCAGUCCGCUGUUAUGUACCAGAAGAAGACAACUGGUUUGAAAUGAAACAUUUUCCAAACCAGAUUAACUGGCAUGGAUUUGCUGAAUAUAAAUCAGAGCUGUAUACAGUUGGAGGAGAAAGAAAUGGCAUAGUGUCAAAAGCUCUAGAAAAGUUUGAUUUAAAGACAAACAGAUGGGAAACUAUGUCCUCAAUGUUAAAAGAAGUUUUAUUUCCAGCAGUUGCAUUCUUAGGAAACUGUCUCUAUGUUAUUGGUGCUUCCAGGGGCCACAGAGGAACACUGCAAAUUUACAUCCCUUCCAUGAACAUCUGGACUCUGGGAACAGACUUAAAUGUUCCACGUGAAGUCACUUGUGCCAUAGGUGAUGGGCAGUUCCUGUAUGCUAUUGGUGGGAUGAGAGCUGGGAAUGGUGAAUAUCUGAACUCUGCAGAGAAGUAUGACCCAGAACUGGACAUCUGGACAGAUAUUUCCCCUAUGACCCACCCGAGGGGUGGAACAUGUGCUGUGUCAUACAAAUCAUCAAUUUUUGUGAUGGGUGGGGAAUGUACUGUGCGUGUUGCUCUUUCAACUUGUGAAGUUUACUCCACAACAUCUGACCAAUGGCAAUCUAUUGCUCCAAUGCAUGUCCCAAGGUAUUUUGCAGGAGCUGCCAUUGUAGGAAAGAAAAUUUAUGUCUUUGGAGGUGUGGGUGGAUCCAAUGUAGAUUUAGAAAAAAGAAAAAUGAUUGACAGGUAUGAUAUUGAACAGGAUGUGUGGAAUACAGACAUCACUAUUCCAUGGGAAGCAAAAUAUUUGCGAUGCUGCUCCUUUUGUGUUAAAAGGGACUUUUUGCAAGAUUUGCAGAUGGUUACCGAUUGAGCUGACAAGGAUUGAUUUAAAAAAAAAAACUGAGGUCUCAAGAUACUUUUAACAUUUUGGAGAGUAGGGCUCCCUUAAUGCAGUUGUAAAACUUCCACUGAAAGUUGCUAUGAUCAUUGAAAUUUUAUUGUUGUUCUCAAUUGAUGAAUUUCUUUAGAGACCAUCUACGUCCAGCUUAAAACUUGUCUUGCUGCAAUGUUUUUUCUUAUUCUUAUCAUGAUCCACAAAAGCUUUUUCUGAUUGAGUUUUCAAUUAGGCAGAAUAAGUGAGUCUGAAGUUUACAAUGAGACCUGAUAGUAAGAGCAGUUUUUAAUUGAGCUUUAAAAAUAAUAUGACCUUGCAUUGGUUUUACUUUACCAGACUGUUUAUGUUCAGAAAACCUCAAUCAUACCCACAGCCCAAUAUCAAUUUCUUGCCACAUGACCAAAAACAAUUUUAACAUUAGUAACCCCAAGAAAAAAGGACCCAACUAUUUUUAAAUGAGUCUGCAGAGAUCAAAUGUGUAGAAAAGAUCACAUGGGAGAGAAUUUUAAAGUAUUCAUGCAUUUAUAAGCAUUAUGAUCAGUAAGAGUAUUAUUAAUAUUAUUAGGUAAAAGGUAAAGUCUGUUUAUGAGCCCAGUGGCCCAUUAGGGCGGUGCUUA